AUGAAGAGCCAGAAACAGUCUCGGGGGCGCUCCUUAGUUUCGACGACAAUAUUCCGGUUUGGAAGAACCUCGAGCACUACUAUUGUCAUGAGCGACUUGAAGAUUCCCGAACCUGCCAAGCUGGUGAUCUUUGGAAACGACGACUCUCUACGAAAUUGCAGGAAGCAACCGGCACAGGUGCGGAAUAAGCUACACAAAUAUGGCAUCAGUAGAAAAGUUUCAGUAAAAACGCUAGCUCAAAAUUUCACACCAGUGCAACACAUUUGCUUACUUUGUUCCAUAUCUUGUAUAGUUCGUAUUACAGCAUCCUUCGCGCCAGUAAGGGCCAAAGUGAUACCCCACAGUAAUUUCACGCGGAUUUUUCAAUAUUUAGCAGAGCCAAUGAAGAGGAAAGCUUCUUCGAGGACCAAGCACAAGCCCAGAAGACCCAAACAUGAGGCUCGUCUAAUCCCAAAUGUACUUUAUCUGAACUCAAAUGCCGUAUGA